CAAUCAUUUCCACAUAUUCCACUACUUUACUUCUUAUGCUACUUUCUUCAUUUCUUCUCAUUCUUUCAACAAAGUUUCCAUUUUCUCUUUUCCCAAAAAGAAAUCCCAUUUUUCACAUCAAUUCCAUUCUUAUACAUCAUGCUUUCAACAAUUUCUUGAGUUCAUGGAAGGUGUAGAAGCAAAAUCUUCAUCUGGGUAUGGUAAGCCUCCAUGGAUAUUUAGAGGAAGUGCCUUGUAUCAACUCCAUCUUGUGAAAGCAGAGAAAGCAAGAGCAUGUAUUCCAAAAGAAUUCAAAUUGGUUGAAGCUUUUGGAUAUACUCUUGGUGGAUUUUUUCUAGCUAGUUAUGAUGAUAGUCCAGUCGGUGCCUUUGAUGAGCUUGUUGUGAUUGCAGGACUUGUUUGGAACCGCCCAACAUCAUGCGCAUGGGCAACAAGGGUGUACGUGAACAACAAUGAGGCUUGCUCUCAUGGAAGAAAGGAUGUGGGGCUUCCAAGUCAAGUGGCUAGAUUUUCCAAGACUAUUUCAGCAGUCUCAAGACAAUCAAGAGGCUGGAAUGGAUUUUCAAAUAUGGUUCAAAUAGGUUCCGAGUUCCGCAGUCCCAAUGAUCAUCUAAAUGUUCAAGUAACUGAAAUCAAAUCUCUGGAUGCAGCAGAUCCUUGUCAUAUAAGUCUCACAAGUGCUGCAGUUCCUGAUUUGAGGUUCGACCGUUGGAUGGGGCCAACAAUUAAAAUGUCACUUCCAAGUUUUAGUGGAGGCACAGAGUUUAAUCCUAACCUCCUUAAGUACUCUUGCCAGAUUGAAUGCAGGGUGCAAGCAGUGAAGCCUUUGAAGGUUUCAAGAUCAUUCCCUUUAACAAAUGUUGAUGACAAAGAUCAACAAUCUUUACAAGACUAUGAAGGAAGUAUCCAUAUGACUAAAGAUCAUGAAAAACAAAACUUCAGCACCUAUGUGAUGUUAUCAAAACCUAUAUUAGCACUCAAGUUUGAUCAAAUGAAGAUGCAGGUAGAAGCUCCUAUUGUUCUUUACCAUUGCCCUAAUUCUUUAGAACCUACUACUUUUAGCUCUGUUCCAUAAACAAUAUUACUAAUGUAGUAAGCCUUCUUGCUUAUGAAUGUAAUUCUUCAGAAAUAGAUGCAUCAUGUAUGCACAUUCAUUCUUGAAUUUUUGAGUCAAUCACUAUUUUGAUCCUUAGAACAUACUA